AUGUCUGAUCUAAGGUAUAACCUCUCCUCCCUCUCAGGUUCAGCACCUCUAGACAGACUCUCAUGUGGAUUCCAGACUCUUUCUUCUCAAGGUGGGUCUACAUCCCACUGUACUUGUUCUCUGCACAUCUCUGCUAAAAUGUGAUCUGGCUACAGCUCUGGAAAGGUUACCUAGUUCACUUCAAGGUUCAUCUCCCAAGGAUUCAAUCUUGAUAAUGCACAGUGUAUCAAAAACAGUGUUAGGUCAAGUCUGGCCCACAUUUUACAUAAAGCCAGAAUGAAAGCUGAGAUGAGCUUGUUAGGGGCUAACUACAGCACGAGGUUAAGUGUGUGUGUGUGGUGUGUGUGUGUGUUUCAGUUUGCUGAGUGGGAGAAUAUCAACUCUACGGGAUGAAACUGGAGCUGUGAGUACAUUCUUCUAUGCGACAGGCAAACAUAUUUGUCUUCAAUGUUUUCCACGUUUUUUGGGGGUCUGGUGAGAGCGUAGGCCACACAUUCCACAAAUACUCUCUCAUGUACUCUCAUACAGAGAUAUUAAACUGUAACAUAAUGAUAUUUAUGUAUUACGUUUCUAAAUGUGCCUCUUGUCCUCCAGAUAUUUAUUGACAGGGACCCAACAGCCUUUGCGCCCAUCUUGAAUUUUCUUCGAACCAAAGAGUUAGACUUACGGUAAGAACACCUGACCCUCUCUACACACAGGAACAGUAUCCUUUAAAUAUUAGCAGAAGCAUAUUGGUACAGGUUAUAAGGUCCUAUGACUGAUGUUCUCUUCUCUUCAUAGGGGGGUAAACAUUAACAUUCUCCGCCAUGAAGCUGAGUUUUAUGGGAUAACACCAUUAGGUAUGGCCUCUAUGCACUAACCUGAAUAAUUAUUGUGCUUCUACAUGGUAUUGCAUUGUUAUUUUCUAUAACUAAACAUCUUAAGUGGAUCUGGAAACAGCACAAUUAACCAUCACUUAAUAGUUUGACCUUGUCCACUUACCAAGUAGUUUUCAGUACACUACCUACUGGAUAAUACUAGGCAACUGUAUAAAUCACAUGCUGUAAAAUGCUGAUUUAGUGGUUUAUAUAGCAAGUUUCUAAAGUGUUUCAGACUAUCUUCUUCUCUUGUGUUAUGGUGGCUGUCUUCAGUGAGGAGGUUGCUGCUGUGUGAGGAAGUAGAACGUUCAUCCUGUGGCAGUGUUCUGUUCCAUGGAUACCUCCCUCCUCCAGGUACUGUAUUCCCACAACUCUCCCUUACCUGGAGUUCUGUCCUCUGGUACAGGUGAAUUACAGGACAUCAUUAUAUUCUCCCUCCAUCGCUCUUAUCCCUCUAUCUCUCUGUCUGUUUACAAUGGGAAACAUGAGCGCUCUAGUGAUGCUCUUUCUAGUUUUGGUCUUUGAACUUUUGGUAUUUUUGACAUUCAUAAAAUGUGUUAGUCAUGUAGAAUUUGAGUAAUUUUUUAUUAGUUAGUUGGUUGAUUGAUUGCUUGAGGAAUGUGUUUCUCCCACAGCUCUCCCAGCCCGUAAGUUCAGCUCCACCCCUGCAGCCUCGGGCCCUGCCCCUGAGGAUCGGCCUGGUCCUACCGGAGCAGAGGGGGGGUUCCCCCAUACCUGUCCCCCCCACCCCUCACUCCCCGGACCCCCUGGAGCCGAGGGACCACACAGACUGGGUGAGCAGGAGGGCAGGGUUAAAAAACAAGGGUGGGGGCAAUGGUGUUUGUGUAAUGAGGCGUGGAGCAGGGCUGGGUACUGUGGUGCUCUACUCCCCAGUCUCCUCAGAACACUGUGUGCCUUUUUAAUGACCAAUCAGAAUAAUCCUCAGUCCUACCACUAGUCAGGAGAUGGUGUGUGUGUCUGUGUGUGGCUGUGUUAAAGCUGGAGCUGACAUGACCUAACAUGGGGUAAAAAGCACCAUAGUUAAAAGCUCACAUUUAACUUAGUUCUGGGCUGUGUGUGUGUGUUUAGAGCCAGAACUGGUUUGAGCUGGAGUUCAGAGAGCAUGAGAGGGCUCUCAGUGUAGUAUGCACAUGCUUUGAACACAGCUGAAUUAUCCUAUUAGUAAUAUUGAUGAUCAAAUUAUAUUAUGUUGACACCCUUACUCAAAUACAUUGUACAUGGUUGUGUACAGACAUUUUGUAAUAACAUUGCAUUUGUAAGCACUUUAGUGCAAUCAUGCUAAUGUACAGAGCAUGCUCACUAAACAGUAAAAAACAUAGGGAACAAUAUGGGUAGGCAAAAAUAAUACCAUUAUUGACCUAUAUCAACUAUUGUGUACAGAACUGUGUGUGUUUUAAGGUAAAAUGUUAUGUUUCCAGGUUAUUAGGUAAAGUGCUUUGUUAUGUGUCCAGGUGCUGCGGUGGACCCUAGGAAGGUGCUGAUUGUAGCUGGACAUCAUAACUGGAUCGUAGUGGCUUAUGCACACUUUGUCAUCUGCUACAGGUAACACUGGCAUUAGUAGUCGGAUUCAUCGACUCAGAGUUGAUAUUAUUUAUAUAUUAUACUCCUCAUAAAUCUUGAGUGUGGGUGUACUAAUGUGUGUGUAUUAACGUGUAUGUGUUCUUCAGGAUAAAAGAGUCGUCAGGGUGGCAGCAGGUGUUUUCUAGCCCCUAUCUGGACUGGUCCAUGGAGAGAAUCGCCCUUAACGCCAAGGUUGUGUUAUACUUCUAUAACUGUACAUCACUAAAUCACAAUGUAUUGUCCGAAAGGUGCUUUAUCAAUUAAGUUUAUUGUUAUACAGGUGGUGGGUGGUCCCCAUGGCGAUAAGGACAAGAUGGUGGCAGCUGCCUCCAAUAACAACAUCAUCCUCUGGAGCAUCCAGGACGGAGGGAGUGGCAACGAGAUAGGUGUGUGUGUGUGUGUGUGUGUGUGUGUGUGUGUGUGUGUGUGUGUGUGUUUGUGAAAGCGAGACAUGCGUGUGUUUUAUUGUUUCUCUCUCCUCUCUCUAGGUGUGUUUAGUCUGGGUGUACCAGUAGAUCAUCUGUUCUUCAUUGGGAACCAGCUGGUGGCCACCAGUCACACUGGGAAGGUGGGGGUCUGGAACGCUGUUACACAGCACUGGCAGGUAGGAUUACAUAGGGUGUGUGUGUCAGGAUGGAGAGAGGGAGAGGAGGGAGGGAGGGAGAGAAAUGUGAAUAGGGCUUAGAGAAGAAAACUGAAGAAUGUUUUAAAGUGUAUGUGUGCCGUGAACAUAAUUUUCUGCCUUUUUUGAUGUACAGUAGUAGCCAUGAAUAUCAGAGAAAAUAAUAAUAAUGUUGUGUGAGCCGUGCGUGACGGUGGCCGCCCGGUACACAGGGAGAGAGAGGGGUAGGUUUCAUUUGAACCCUUUCUUUUCUCUCCUCUCCAUCAGGUGCAGGAUGUAGUUCCCAUCACCAGCUGUGACACGGCUGGCUCCUUUCUUCUACUGGGCUGCAACAACGGAUCCAUCUACUACAUAGGUACGCACACACUUAAUUCAGGAAGUGGAAUUAGAUUUUUUGUUUAUUUCCUUAAUUGACUGAAAUGGAAUUGACCCUACGCCUUCUUGGUUCUCUCUCUCAGACAUGCAGAAGUUUCCUCUGAGGAUGAAGGAUAAUGAUCUGUUGGUGACGGAGCUGUACCACGACCCGUCUAACGACGCCAUCACUGCUCUCAGUGUCUACCUCACACCCAAGACCAGUGAGUCCACACGCGCACACACACUCUCAAACACACACCUACGUGUACAUGAAUACACACACACACACAAAUAAUAUAUUUCCGUUGGGGUUCAGCCUUCCUGAGCAAUUCUUAUCUUUCUCUCUUUUUCUCCCUCUGACUCUAGGUGUGAGUGGUAACUGGAUAGAGAUAGCGUAUGGAACCAGUUCUGGAGCAGUCCGGGUCAUAGUUCAACACCCUGAGACAGUAGGCUCUGGACCUCAGCUCUUCCAAACCUUUACUGUCCACCGCUCCCCUGUCACCAAGAUCAUGCUCUCGGAGAAACACCUGGUCUCAGGUAAGAAGGGGAGAGAGCAGGAGGGGAGGAUUUUGGGAUAGGUUUGAGCGUUGUGUAAUCGGGUUAAGAAAAUAACAGGUAUGCUAAUGUUCACUAUGUCUAAAUAUACAGUGUGGGGGGAAAAAAGUAUUUGAUCCCCUGUACGUUUGCCCACUGACAAAGAAAUGAUCAGUCUAUAAUUUUAAUGGUAGGUUUAUUUGAACAGUGAGAGACAGAAUAACAACAAAAAAAUCCAGAAAAACGCAUGCCAAAAAUGUUAUAAAUUGAUUUGCAUUUUAAUUAGGUAAAUAAGUAUUUGACCCUUCUGCAAAACAUGACUUAGUACUUGGUGGCAAAACCCUUGUUGGCAAUCACAGAGGUCAGACGUUUCUUGUAGUUGGCCACCAGGUUUGCACACAUCUCAGGAGGAAUUUUGUCCCACUCCUCUUUGCAGAUCUUCUCCAAGUCAUUAAGGUUUCGAGGCUGACAUUUGGCAAUUCGAACCUUCAGCUCCCUCCACAGAUUUUCUAUGGGAUUAAGGUCAGGAGACUGGCUAGGCCACUCCAGGACCUUAAUGUGCUUCUUCUUGAGCCACUCCUUUGUUGCCUUGGCCGUGUGUUUUGGGUCAUUGUCAUGCUGGAAUACCCAUCCACGACCCAUUUUCAAUGCCCUGGCUGAGGGAAGGAGGUUCUCACCCAAGAUUUGACGGUACAUGGCCCCGUCCAUCGUCCCUUUGAUGCGGUGAAGUUGUCCUGUCCCCUUAGCAGAAAAACACCCCCAAAGCAUAAUGUUUCCACCUCCAUGUUUGACGGUGGGGAUGGUGUUCUUAGGGUCAUAGGCAACAUUCCUUCUCCUCCAAACUUGGCGAGUUGAGUUGAUGCCAAAGAGCUCCAUUUUGGUCUCAUCUGACCACAACACUUUCACCCAGUUCUCCUCUGAAUCAUUCAGAUGUUCAUUGGCAAACUUCAGACGGCCCUGUAUAUGUGCUUUCUUGAGCAGGGGGAUCUUGCGGGCGCUGCAGGAUUUCAGUCCUUCACGGCGUAGUGUGUUACCAAUUGUUUUCUUAGUGACUAUGGUCGCAGCUGCCUUGAGAUCAUUGACAAGAUCCUCCCGUGUAGUUCUGGGCUGAUUCCUCACCGUUCUCAUGAUCAUUGCAACUCCACGAGGUGAGAUCUUGCAUGGAGCCCCAGGCCAAGGGAGAUUGACAGUUAUUUUGUGUUUCUUCCAUUUGCGAAUAAUCGCACCAACUGUUGUCACCUUCUCACCAAGCUGCUUGGCGAUGGUGUUGUAGCCCAUUCCAGCCUUGUGUAGGUCUACAAUCUUGUCCCUGACAUCCUUGGAGAGCUCUUUGGUCUUGGUCAUGGUGGAGAGUUUGGAAUCUGAUUGAUUGAUUGCUUCUGUGGACAGGUCUUUUAUACAGGUAACAAACUGAGAUUAGGAGCACUCCCUUUAAGAGUGUGCUCCUAAUCUCAGCUCGUUACCUGUAUAAAAGACACUUGGGAGCCAGAAAUCUUUCUGAUUGGGAGGGGGUCAAAUACUUAUUUCCCUCAUUAAAAUGCAAAUCAAUUUAUAACAUUUUUGACAUGCAUUUUUCUGGAUUUUCUCACUGUUGAAAUUAACCUACCAUUAAAAUUAUAGACUGAUCAUUUCUUUGUCAGUGGGCUAACGUACAAAAUCAGCAGGGGAUCAAAUACUUUUUUCCCUCACUGUAUGUAUUUUAAUGGCUGUGUUUCAUACACAUUGUGUGUGUUUGCCUCUGUCUUUCCAUGUGUGUGUCCUUUAGUGUGUGCGGACAACAACCAUGUGCGGACGUGGACGGUGACGCGGUUCCGAGGCAUGAUCUCCACGCAGCCUGGCUCCACCCCCCUGGCCUCCUUUAAGAUCCUCUCAUUGGAGGAGACGGAGAGCCACGGCAGCUACUCAUCAGGCAACGACAUCGGUGAGAGAUGGGGAGAGAGAGGGAAAUAGAUAUGGGAAAUGGAAGGGAUGGAUGAUAUUUUUUUUAUCUAGAAAGGGUCUCGAGCAGGUGUGUCAAACUCAUUUUAGCUCAGGGGCCACAUGGAGGAAAAUCUAUUCCCAAGUGGGCCGGACCGGUAAAAUCAUGGUAUAUAUAACUUAAAAACAACAACUUCAGAUUUGUUUUCUUUGUUUUAAUACGAUCAACAUAAAGCUGGAGCCUGAGGACAGUGUGUCCAAAAUAGUACAAGCACAACAUCACUAUUAAUCAUAAAACACCUCAAGUCUAUUUGAAAAUUCUAAAGAAAAAGAACACACAAACUCACAAUGCCUCAGUGAUUCACAGAACUGUUUCACAGAUCACAGAACUAUAUCAGGGUGUCAUUUCUCAGGCAGAAAUGUAGAUACAAAUAAUGAAAUCCUGUUCCCCAAACAAGUGCAAGAACCACAGAGUCAAGAAUAGGUUAAAUAUACAAAUAAAAUCAAUUAAAAACAAUAGCACAUCAACAUAAAAACAUAUAAACAUAAAGCUGGAGCCUGAGGACAGUGUGUCCAAAAGCACAACAUCACUAUUAAUCAUAAAACACCUCAAGUUAUUUGAAAAUUCUGAGGACAAAGAACACACAAACACACAAUGCCUCAGUGAUUCACAUAAGUAUAUCACAGUUCACAGAACUAUAUCAGGGUGUCUCAUGCAGCACUUUAAGUGGGGUUGCAUAGCUUAUUUGACUCCUGAUACCUGGCAUCUUUUAGCUUUCACCAGCGCAUCAAUAUCAGGCGUCACAUCCUGAGUGGCAGCCAACUUCAGGAUGUGAUUCAAGUGCUUGUGCGAGAGCCUUGAGCGCAGCUUUGUUUUAUUUAUGCUCAUUACAGAGAACUUGCUCACAAAGAUAUGUGGUUCCAAACAUGCACAACAGUUUUGCAGCGAGGGCUGUCAAGUUGGGGUAACCUGGCAAGAGAUUCUGAUAAAAUGUGUCCAAGCCAGCUGCGGCAAAUUUGCCCUUCAAAUCCGAGUCACACUGCAAGUCUAUUAUUUCAAGUUGGAUGCUGACGGACAGAUCAGAGGGAUUCACAGUGAAUGGCGAGCAAAAAACGUUGAAGUCUUUCUCCAGGUCACCAAAAAUCUGAAAGCGUUGUUAAAACUCCCGUAACAGUCCUGUUAUUUUAUCUUUGAACCACUUCAUGUCUGCCACAUGUUGGGUCGCGCACACAUUUUUCAGACAGGGGAAGUGAGCUGCAUCACCACCGGCGAGUUGCGUCUCCUACAAUGACAGCUUCAACUUGAAAGAACGUAUGCUGUCAAAAUACUGCGUGACAACUUUGUUGCGCCCUUGCAGCUGUUUGUUCAAGUUAUUCAGGUGCUCUGUAACAUCCACCAUAAAUGCAAAGUCCUGCAUCCAUUCUGCGGAAUGAAAUUCUAACACUGGUUUGCCCUUUUCUUCCAUGAACUGUUCAAUUUCUUCUCGUAAAUCAAAGAAACACCUCAGCACAGCACCUCGGCUUAACCAUCUUACCUCAGUGUGGUAUGGCAGGCCAUAGAUGUGGUCUUUCUCUCUGAGAAGGCUGUCAAACUGACGGUGAUUCAGGCUUCUGGAUCGGAUGAAAUUAACAGUUUGGAUGACCACCUUCAUGACGUUAUCCAUCUUUAAUGACUUGCAACACAAAGCCUCCUGGUGCAAAAUACAGUGAAAAGUCCAAAAAUCACGUCCUCCAUUUGCAGAUUGCACUUUCUCUCUGAACUUUGUCACAACACCUGCUUUUUUCCCGAUCAUUGAGGGCGCACCAUCUGUAGCCAGGCUGACAGCGAGGGACCAGUCCACUCCGACCCUGUCCAGCGCGCCGACGAGUGCAGUGAAAAUAUCAGCUGCUGUCGUUGUAUCUGUCAUCGGCACCAACUCCACGAACUCCUCGGUGACGGUCAAUGUGUCAUCAACUCCGCGGAUGAAAAUGGCCAGUUCUGCAACAUCUGUAAUGUCCGUGCUUUCAUCAAUUGCAACCGAAAACGCAAUAAAUGACUUUACUUUUUGCUUCAACUGGCUGUCCAAAUCCACUGAAAGAUCGGAAAUCCUGUCUGCAACUGUGUUUCUUGUCAGGCUGAUAUUUGCAAAAGCCUGGCGCUUUUCAGGGCACACAAUCUCCGCUGCCUUCAUCAUGCAUGUUUUUACGAAUUCACCCUCACUAAAUGGUUUUGAAGCCACUGCGAUUUCAUUAGCAAUGAGGUAGCUAGCUUUCACUGCAGCGUCACUGAUGUCUCGGCUGUGAGUAAACACAGACUGCUGUUUCUUCAGACCCGCCAACACCUUCUCUCUUCUCCGCUGUCCUUGAAAGUUGUCAUAUUUGUCGGCAUGAAGACUCACAUAGUGGCGACGAAGGUUAUAUUCUUUCAGCACUGCAACAUGCUGGGAACACACCAAACAUACAGCUUUCCCAUUCAAUUCCGUGAAUAAAUAGGAGGAUGACCAUUUUUCUUGGAACACUCUGCACUGCGUCCACUUUUCUCUUUUUUGACAGAGACAUAUUGGGGCAAUGAGGGUGCCAAAGCACAUAAUGUUAAAAGUAGAAGCCGUAAUAAAUAUUGCGGGCAAAACAAAGUAGCUCAUCCGGACUGGCUGCACUUGCUUGACCUACUUGCUCUGCCCCGGUAUAAACAGUUUGCUUGCUUAACACAAUUGCUAUUGCGCCAUCCAGUGGACGCAAUUGGAACCGCAGUUUCCUUUAUUGAAAAAUUGCAGCUCAUUUUUAUACUGAUCCGGCCCGUGGGCCUGACGUUUGACACCCCUGGUCUAGAGCAAGGGUGUCAAUAUGGCCCGCGGGUGGUUUAAGUAAAAAAAUACAUAUUUACGUUUUUUGUUGUUGGGAAAACAAACUCAAUAUACUUUAAAAUCACUAAAACUAAAUUGAAACUGUGUAGAAAUUAUAAUGGACCUACCUUCAUAUAAUUUUUUUACUGUUUCCAGAUUGCUAAUAAUCACAAAUGAAAGCUAGACAGUCAGGGAGCAUCGAAAAUUCCCAAAACGAUGGAUAGAGGACAAUUUUCUUCAAAUUUUGAUGACAAGGAAAUACAACCAAUUUUCAGUGCGGCCCUCCGUACCUUGUUGAAGAAUGAAUGAGGCCCCGGGACAAAAUAGUUUGACACCCCUAGUCUAGAGCCUAAUGUUGGUGUGGGUCUAAAUCCCAGUAAGACUUGUGUCAUCUCCUUCAAUGAAGGGCUUUUCACACUACUGAGCUUAACCAAGGUGAGCAAAACCAAGCUGUACUGCUUAAGCAUCCACCAUAGUUGCUGAAACCGUGCUGAAAGGACAAUGUGAAAAGAAAAUAUCUGAGCCAACACAGUUUGGUUUGGGUGGGCAUGAUAGUGUGAAAAGGGUAUAGCAGAGGGUUUAGAGCCCAAUCUCAUCAGUGUGGUCUGGUUUCCUCUCAGGUCCGUUUGGGGAGAGAGAUGACCAGCAGGUGUUUAUUCAGAAGGUCAUCCCCGUCACCAACAAGCUGUUUGUUCGCCUCUCCUCCACCGGGAAAAGGUAUUACACAUCAGUUAUCCUCACACAACAUCUACUCAAAUCGAAUUGUAUUUGUCAACAGGUGUAGACCUUACCGUGAAAUGGUACUUACGAGCCCUUAACCAACAAUGCAGAGUUUUUAAAGAGUAAGUAAGAAAAAUUUGCUAAAUAAAAGCCAUAUCUCAGACUGGCCAAUAAAAAGAAAAGAUUAAGAUGGGCAGUCUGAGAUAUGGCUUUUUCUUUGCAACUCUUCCUAGAAGGUCAGCAUCCCGGAGUCACCUCUUCACUGUUGAUGUUGAGACUGGUGUUUUGCGGGUACUAUUCAAUGAAGCUGCCAGUUGAGGACCUGUGAGGCGCCUGUUUCUCAAACUAGACACUAAUGUAUUUGUCCUAUUGCUCAGUUGUGCACCGGGGCCUCCCACUCCUCUUUCUAUUCUGGUUAGAGCCGGUUUGCGCUGUUCUGUGAAGGGAGUAGUACACAGCGUUGUACGAGAUCUUCAGUGUCUUGGCAAUUUCUCGCAUGGAAUAGCCUUCAUUUCUCAAAACAAGAAUAGACUGACGAGUUUCUGAAGAAAGUUAUUUGUUUCUGGCCAUUUUGAGCCUGUAAUCGAACCCACAAUUGCUGAUGCUCCAGAUACUCAACUAGACUCAAGAAGGCCCGUUUUAUUGCUUCUUUAAUCAGCACAACAAUUUUCAGCUGUGCUAACAUAAUUGCAAAAGGGUUUUCUAAUGAUCAAUUAGCGUUUUAAAAUGAUAAACUUGGAUUAGCAAACACAAAGUGCCAUUGGAACAUUGGUGGUUGCUGAUAAUGGGCCUCUGUACGCCUAGGUAGAUAUUACAUUAAAAAUCAGCCGUUUCCAGCUACAAUAGCCAUUUACAACAUUAACAAUGUCUACACUGUAUUUCGGAUCAAUUUGAUGUUAUUUUAAUGGACCAAAAAAUUGCUUUUCUUUCGAAAACAAGGACAUUUCUAAGUGACCCCAAACUUUUGAACGGUAGUGUACAUGUAUGUAGGGGUAAACUGACUGCAUAGAUAAUAAACAGAAAAUAGCAGCAGCAUAUGUGAAGGAGUGUGUGUGUGUGUGUGUGUGUGUGUUGGAGUGUAGUGAGUGUGUGGUUAGAGUCAAGUGAGUGUACAUUGAACCUGUGCAAGCGAGUCAGUGCCAAAAAUUAUAAAUAAUAAUAAAAUAAGGGGGUCAAUGUAAAUAGUCCGGGUAGCCAUUUGAUUAAGUGUUCAGCAGUCUUAUGGCUUGGGGGUAGAAGCUGUUAAGGAGCCUUUUGGUCCCAGACUUGACGCUCUGGUACUGCUUGCCGUGCGGUAUCAGAGAGAACAGUCUAUGACUUAGGCCUUCCUCUGACACUGCCUGGUAUAGAGGUCCUGGAUGGCAGGAAGCUCGGCCCCAGUGACGUACUGGGCUGUUCACACUACCCUCUGUAGGGCCUUGCGGUCGGAAGCCGAGCAGUUGCCAUACCAAGCGGUGAUGCAACCAGUCAGGAUGCUCUUGAUGGUGUAUCUGUAUAACCUUUUGAGGAUCUGAGGUCCCAUGCCAGAUCUUUUCAGCCUCCUGAGGGGGAAUAGGUGUUGUCGUGCCCUCUUCAUGAGUGUCUUGGUGUGUUUGGACCAUGAUAGGUUCUUAGUGAUGUGGACAGCGAGAAACAUGAUGCUCUUGACCCGCUCCACUACAGCCCCGUUGAUGUGAAUGGGUGUGUGCUCAGAAAUCCUUUUCCUGGAGUCCACAAUCAGCUCUUUUGUCUUGCUCAUGUUGAAGGAGAGGUUGUUAUCCUGGCACCACACUGCCAGGUCUCUGACCUCCUCCCUAUAGGCUGUCUCAUCGUCGUGUCGUCUGCAAACUUUAUGAUGGUGUUGGAGUUGUGUGCGGCCAUGCAGUCGUGGGUGAACAGGGAGUACAGGAGGGGACUAAGCACGCACCCCUGAGGGGCCCCAGUGUUGAUGGUCAAUGUGGUGGAUGUGUUGUUCCCUACCCUCACCACCUGGGGGCGGCCCGUCAGGAAGUCCAGGAUCCAGUUGCAGAGGGAGGUGUUCAGUACCAGGGUCCUUAGCUUAGUGAUGAGCAUGGAGGGCACUAUAGUGAAUGAACAGCAUUCUCACAUAGCUGUUCCUUAUGUCCAGGUGGAAAAGGGCAGUGUGGAGCGCAAUAGAGAUUGCGUCAUCUGUGGAUCUGUUGGGGCGGUAUGCGAAUUGGAGGGGGUCAUGGGUUUCUGGGAUGAUGGUGUUAAUGUGAGCCAUGACCAGCCUUUCAAAGCAAUUCAUGGCUACAGAUGUGAGUGCUACAGGGCAGUAGUCAUUUAGACAGGUCACCUUAGCGUUCUUGGGCUCAGGGACUAUGGUGGUCUGCUUGAAUCAUGUUGGUAUUACAGACUCAGUCAGGGAUAGGUUGAAAAUGUCAGUGAAGACACUUGCCAGCUGGUCAGCGCAUGCUCUGAGUAAGCGUCCUGGUAAUCCGUCUGGCCCUGCGACCUUGUGAAUGUUAACUUGUUUAAAGGUCUUACUCACAUCGGCUACGGAGAGUGUGAUCACAUCAUUAUGUUACUUUCAUCCAGCUCACAGUAAACGCACUUAAAUUCAUCAAAUGUGUCCCAAGUGGGCAUACAACCUUUAACCGAAGUGUUGCUAGCACUAUGCUCAAACACACUGAACUACCAGAACUGUGGCUGCUCUGUUCUGGUCUGAAUGCAGUCAGUUCCGGUCUGAUGUGGCUGUCCUGGUUGUCCCUGCUAGGAUCUGUGAGGUGGCGGCGGUGGAUGGGACCACCAUCUCGUGUUUCACGGUGAGGGAGUGUGAGGGUUCUAGCAGGAUGGGUUCUAGACCCAGGAGGUACCUCUUUACUGGCCAUGGCAACGGCAGCAUUCAGAUGUGGGAUCUCACCACCGCUAUGGACACCGCCAACAAGGGAGAGGAGAAGAAGACCGAUGGUGAGGAGUGAUAAUACAUUAUUUGUAUAGGAACAGAUGCAUCCGAGGGCAUUGUACAUAUCCAUGGCUUGUAUAGUGUCAUUUUGACACUUUGUUUUCACAUUUAGUUCGACACUGAUAAAUUAUGUGUUUAAUUCACAGAGGUGGGCGGGCCAACAGAGGAGGAGCUGCUGCAGCUAUUGGACCAGUGUGACCUCAGCACCUCCCGCUGUGCCACGCCCAAUAUCAGCCCCGCCCCUUCAGUGCUGCAGCACAGCCGCCUCCGAGAGUCCUGCUCCAGGUCAGUUACACACCUAAAUCUGUCUCUGACUCUUCAUGUUGUGAACGUUUGUCUGUAUACUUGUCUUUUUCAUGGCAUCUGUAUCUAUUUAUCUGAUCCCCAUUCUCUCUCUGUCUGUCCCAGCCUCCGGCUGCAGGCCCAAGAGCCCAUCCCAGAGACGGCCACCUACGGAGCCCUACGACCCUACAGAGAGAGCCCCCUGCUGGCCCACGCCCGCCGCACAGAGUCCUUCCACAGCUACAGAGACUUCCAGAACUUCUCCCUGGGGACAGGUCUGCUGGAGCGCCCCGGACAGGCUCCAGGACAGGGGGCAGGUCCAGGUACAGAGGCCCGAACCCGGUCACUGUGCGAGGCUGGGGGAGAGGAGGGAGAGCGGAGGGGCUCGGCCAUGGAGCUCUGGGCUAGCCGAAGCGCUAACGCCGCUAAUGCUGAUGUUGUUGCUAAUGCUGCCGUGGUCACAGGUGGCGCCACUGCCGAAGAGGGCGUUUUGGAAUCGCCAUGGCAACAACCCGACAGUCCUGGAGGAGACGUUCGGGGAAGGGCCCAAUUGGAAGAGGAGGGGGUGGGGUUAGGAUCAGUGGCGGAGGCUAGGUCUGAGGUGAGAAGGAAGGGAGGGUUUGAGGGGGCGGUAUUUCUGGGCAGAAAGAGAGCACCUCCAGUCCCCCAGCUCACCACGCUUCCCUCGGUGGGGUCUGAGGGGGGAGGCAGUGACUCCUCCUCCACUGCCUCCCCCAUCCCCCACCCAGCUGGCUUCCACUUCCCCCCGACACAGGAAGUGCAGCGAGCCGGCCAAUCUUGA